AUGCUUCUUACCGAAUUCUCUGAAUCCUUCAAGCUGGCUGCUCACACACCAGACCACGGGUCCACUUCAUUGACUCAAGCAUCCGCCGCACAGCCUGAGAGUAGCCACAAGCUCAAGACCACAAAACAGAGCAGGAAACCUCUAAAGAUUGAUGUUGACGCCAGCAAAGCCGGUGUAGACCAUGUCGGAGAGAAUUUGAUUGACGUUUCACCACUCAUUGACUUUGACGAUUUCGAAUUUGUCUAUGACUUUGACACUGAAGCUGCCGGUUCAAGCAGAUCACAAGAGGGCAAAGCUGAGCCGAGCUUGUCAAAAUUGAUAAAGCUGACAGAAGAAGACGACAAAUACGACGAAUCUCCAUACAAAGCAAACCAGCAGAGCUUGUCAGACUUAUUGCUAGAGUUGCCAGCCCCGUCCAACGAGUCUCCUGCUAAACGCAACAUCAGCCCACCCCUUGAACAUGCUCUUGCUCGGAGAGCCUCCAUACUGAGCUACAAGGCUCCAGGCGCUUCAAGCCUGCGCAAUGAGGCCCAUGGCCAAGUCAAGGGGCCCGUUGCCGACGCGGAUCCUCUUAUACCGCCCAUCGUUCUCUUCAAAGAAGCUUCAGGGUCUCCAAAAGUCAAAUGGCACAUUCCUCCUGAGAUCGAGGAGACAUUAGAACUGGAGUUUCGCCCGUCAGGUAUAGGGUUGUUUGCUCAUGAGUGGAUAAAGGUUCCUAUCGAAUUUAGGCACCACUCCGAAAAUACUCUCGCAAGAUUCUGGGACCUCACCUACAAUUCUGUGGUUCGCAAGACGGUCCUACUUUACAAGCGCAAGCUGGCGACGGCUGGCAAAGCAGACCAGGUGUUGGAUUGGCCUAAUCGACUUCUAGCGGCGCUUGUCGAUAUCCAAGAAUUUGACAUUCAGGAAGGUGCAGAGCACGUUUUUGAUACUAGUGACACCAAAACAAGUAAACGCAAACUAAGCAUAUCCGCGAUUCCAGAAGAAUCCGCUGGGUGUUCGGGCAACAAUAUCCUUAUAGCGGCGCUUCGUGAAGUUAACUUGAGUCUCGCAGAUCCGAACCGUGAUACCUUCACCGCACAAGAGAAACUAGCUUUGUCAAAAGGCGUGAAGCUAGACUCCCAGAAUGCUCCAAUCUUGACAGAGGUACUCACAGACUUUUACAAAGAGCUCCCAGCCCUCCGUUACUCUUCCAAGAUGGCCACCACUCUAAAUGAUAGGGAAAAGAUCAUAAGUGAAAGGCUGGCCUUGUUGGAGCUGCAGGCAUUUGGCAUAGGCAAGGGCGAAGAGAGCGAGCUGGCCAUGGAGGACGCGACGACCGGCAAAGGCAAGGGCAAGGGCAAGGAGGGCGACCGGCUCGUGGAGGGCUCGGUCAGUGGCAAAGGAAAAGACAGGGAAAAUGAGUUGCCCCUGGAAGACGCGAAGACUGGCAAGGGCAAAGCUAAAGAGAGCGACAUGCUCGUGAAGGACCCAGCCAUCGGCGAAGGCAUAGGAAAAGAGAAUGGCUCGCCAGUAAAGGACACCACCAUCGGCAAAGGCAAAGGCAAGAACAAAGGCAAGGGCAAGAGCAAGAGCAAAAGGAAAGGCAAAGGCGAAGGCGAAGGCGAAGGGGAAAAGGGCGAGCUCCUCGUGGAAGGUCCAGCUAUCGACAAAGGCAAAGGCAAAGAGGGUGAUCACUAUGAGGCAACGAUGCGCGCGAUACAGUACGAGAUCCUCGCGGGAGCCAAAGCUCUCUUCCUCGACCCCAAGUCCGAGGGAUUCCUCGAAGCCAUGUCUCUCAACCUUCCAUUGACCCAAAAGCAGGAGGUUGCACUGGUAAGGUAUAAGAAGACGUACGAUUUCAUGGAAGGGUUCAUUCGCCCUCAAAUAGCUUCACUUGCCCUAGUUGAAUUUGUUUGUAAACUGCUUCUCGUCCCUGACUGCUUUGCCGCAUUGACUCCGAUAAUUGAAGAGCUGAGAUGGAACCGGGCCUUUGCUGGCAGUGAGAUCGUCCAGCAUCCUAGCAACCCCAUGAUCACCAGUAUCUUGCAAUGCACCCAGCGUCUACGUCCUACAGAUGGACUUCACCAUUCUUCAGGCAUCUCUGUCGCUCCUCUCCUGGUGCCUCGGUACCCCCCUCUUCCACCAGGUCCAGCUCCGGCCACGCCUGUGGUCACUACACCAACAAAGGAGCAGUCCAAGAAGGAUCGCACUGGUUUCACCAAGUCGCAACACGCCCCAAUCAAAGCAAAGGUUCCGUUCGACGACCAGCUGAGGGCGUUGGACCAGAGAGAGGCAAUUAUCGUGGCACAGAUAAAAGCUGGGGUUCCCCUAAGUGCUGCACAGGUGCACGCUGAUUUCAUGGAAAUUGGCCAGAGCAGACUAUACGUACAAGAGAAGGUCAGACUGGAGGUAGCUGGAGGCAAGUGGGCGGACAGGCUGGCGGGGAGACAGAAGAAGAUGGGUGAGAAGGAUGAAGCGCCCGAUUGGUGGCUACUCCCUUGA